UGAAAAUUAUGAAGAAUUAGAAUCAUCUGAAUCAAUGACUACCACUAUGAAGACCACAAGUAGAAAAAAAGUAAAAUCACAAAUAGAACUUAAUGAAACUGAGAUGAAGCUAAAUAUUAUCCAAAAAUAUCAAAAUUACAUUGAGAAUAAAACAAAUUCGUUGAACAUUACAAUUGGAAAUAAUAGAUUUAACAUUAUUGAGAGAAUUUAUGAAAAUUUAUCCAUUGAUAAACUAAAUUUAAUGGCAUACAAUAAUCCAUUCUUAUCAAUGAUAAUUGAUUUAGAUGUAAUUGAUGAUUUAGU